AUGGAUGUUUAUGUUCCUGUCAAUGAGUUUAAUGAAGCAUUGUGGAAGCGCUUUAAGGCUGGAAAAAUCAGAAACGUCUAUCCUUUAACUAAAUAUCAUGAUAUUAUCGAAAAAAUAAAAACUGUGGAAGAAAAUCCCCCUUGUAAUACACCAGGUGAAUAUUAUUUGCUGAGAAAGUUUAUUGUAGUAAAUGUGGAAGGAAGAGAAAGGUUAUCAACUAGAUCUGAAAACAGUGUAUUAACCGAUCAUGUGCAAGGCGGUUCUGCUUCAAAAAUAAAGUUCUAUGUUGCAUUGGAAGAAAUAUAUAAAUACAUCGAUGAAGUUCAUAAGUCUAUUAAACAUGGUGGUAGAGAUAGAAUUGUGCGCAAUAUUCAAAAUAAAGGAAUUGUUAACAUUACAAGGGACACUGUAGAACUAUUUCUUUCAUAUUGCAAAAUAUGUAGACCGAGAAAGCGGGAUUUUCCUCGUAGGCCCGGUUCAAAAUGCGUGAAUCCGCAAGCAGUGCAUAAUAAUAAUACUUGUGAUAGUCCUAUAAAUAGCAUUAACAAUGAAAGUGAUAACUCUGAGAGAUUGACUAUAAUUACUAAUUCUAUUGUUGGGAAGAACAUAGACCUGAAUGAAAGUGGGAGUUUCGGAACAUUAUGUAGUUUUACGAGAGGUUAUAUUGAUCUCAUUAAUUACAGCACAAAUCCUGAUGGUGACUUUAAAUUUGUUUUCAUUUAUAUUGAUCUCCAGACAUGUUUCAGCGUUCUACAGCCAGUCAGGUGUAAAUGUUCAGGGGAAAUAGUUUCCCACUUGCUUACUGUGUUUUCCCUCCUUGGUCCACCUCAAAUUUUGCAUAGCAGUUUUGAUGAUCAGUUUCUAUCUGUGAUUGUUCAAGAAGUGAAACAAGCAUGGCCAGAUAUUGUUUUGGUUUAUGCAUCCGAGAGGUAUCAAGAAUUGCAAGAAGUAGCAGAAAAUUGUAUUUCAGAAAUAAACUCUCUUUUGAACACUUGGAUGUCUGAAAAUAACUCAAACAGAUGGAGUCAUGGUUUGAAAUUUACCCAGCUUAGAAAAAAUACCAAAGUUGUUGGAAAUAACGAAAAAAGCCCUUACGAGUGUUUUUUUGGUCGACCUGUAGACACUUCAAAACUUCCAUCUGGUAUUGAUACUGCAUCGUUGAAAAAUUCCCAGAAGGAAGAGGAUUUAUUAAGCAUUAUUAACCAGCAAUGUGACUCCAAACUAUCACCUUAUGAAAGUCUUCAAGUUUCUUUGGAUCCAAAUAUUUGCAGCUUAGUUCAAAAUCAUUUAGAAGGAUCUCCAGAAUCGAUUUCUAAUCAUCAGAUAAUUGAUUCAUCAAUUGUUAAAAUUGAGCCAGCAUCUGAUGAGGAGGUAUCUAAUGUGAAUGGUUUCUCAUUAAGUGAUUCUUCAAAUGAUAUAUGCUUUUCUCCUAAAAAUGGAAAUUUAGAAUGCGGGCGUCAGGAAACUUUCGCUCCGGGUGACAUCAGCUCUUCGGACAGCCCUGUUUCUAGUUGA